CUUAGCGCUUAUUCACGGUCUUCACGAAAAAGCGAACCUUCAUCUCCAUAUCAUUGGGUUUCAUAGUUAACAACGGCACAACAAGGGCACAACAAGAAAGUGAAUUGGCUUAUUGGCUUUCUCUGUAGGUAGCAAUAAGCUAUCUGAAUGCCCUUUUAUGGUCAAAGCGUCAAGCUUCUAGCGAGUUUUCCACGGGUAACACACCGAACGACCAUGGGUAAGAGAACGAGAUAGGUGGAGGAAACGAAUCAUAAACGUCAUUAUUGUCUCAGGAUCAACAAUAGACCCCCUCUCAGUUCACCGGUCGGAGAGAGUCGGAGGGUGAUGACCACAGGGAAUAGCAGUCUCAUGGGAGGUGGGGUCGGUCGCAUAUAAGGUUGUCCUGCCCCUCACCUUCGACUUCUUUUCCUCUUCUUCUGUUAACAAUUUUCACAAAAGUCUCAACCUUUAUUUAAAGCUUUCAGCUACUACAGUAACUAUGAACCCCCGGAUCAUAGCUUUCAGAUCUAACCUGGUCCAGAUCCCAAUCGAUCAAGUACAUACAGCCCCUCCCAUCCGAUUGGGAAGCCAUCGAUAUGCUUUGGCUGGGCACAUUAUCUCUCAGGGAUCAAGGUAUCUCAGGUAACUUCUGGGCGUGCACCGGUGUUCGUUCUUCACGUCGGUGGCAUUUUCUUCUCUAGCUUUGGUAGCCAACUACCUCACUCGCUGGUGUUGAAACUGCCACCGACGUGGGUUCGUUCUGAGAUUAUACGGUCAUAACUUGAUUUCUGGAUAAUACCAGCGAAAGGAUCAUGCCUUCCCCCUCUUCUCCCCCCAUGAUGGAAGUAGAAAACUAACCAAGGCUCUCAAGUCACUUCCACGACUUGAUCCCUGACCCACUAUGUCUCCUCCCGCUGCCAUCUAUGAGCCCGCUGUUGCCCCCACCGGCAUCAAGGGUAAGGUGAUCGUCCCCGAGACGCUCUCCACUACCUUGACCGGUCAGGGCCAGAGCAAGCUUCUGGAGCAGUUUGGCGGCAAGUGGAAUGAGUUCAAGUUCGCCCCAAUCCGCGAGAGCCAGGUCUCUCGUGCCAUGACCCGGCGCUACUACCAGGAUCUGGACAACUACGCCGAGAGCGACGUUGUCAUCGUCGGUGCUGGUUCCUGCGGUCUCAGCACUGCCUACGUGCUGGCCAAGGCCCGUCCGGACCUGAAGAUUGCCAUUCUUGAGGCAUCCGUGUCCCCUGGCGGUGGUGCCUGGCUCGGUGGCCAGCUCUUCUCCGCCAUGGUCCUGCGCCGCCCCGCAGAUGCCUUCCUGACUGAGCUGGGCGUGCCCUUCGAGGAGGAGCCCAACAACCCCAAUUUCGUGGUUGUCAAGCACGCCGCCCUGUUCACUUCGACCCUGCUCUCGCGCGUUUUGGCUUUCCCCAACGUCAAGCUCUUCAACGCCACCUGUGUCGAGGACCUGAUCACCCGUCCCGACGGCGACUCCGUCCGCAUCGCCGGUGUCGUCGUCAACUGGACUCUGGUCACCCUGCACCACGACGACCACUCCUGCAUGGACCCCAACACCAUCAACGCCCCCAUCAUCAUUAGUACCACUGGCCACGACGGCCCCUUCGGCGCCUUCUGCGCCAAGCGUCUCGUCUCCAUGAACACCAUCGAGAAGCUCGGUGGUAUGCGUGGUCUGGACAUGAACGCUGCCGAGGACGCUAUCGUCAAGAACACCCGUGAGGUCACCAAGGGUCUUAUCAUUGGUGGCAUGGAACUGUCUGAAAUUGACGGCUUCAACCGUAUGGGCCCUACUUUCGGCGCCAUGGUCAUGAGUGGUGUUAAGGCUGCCGAGGAGGCCUUGGCUGUCUUUGACGAGCGUCAGCGUGAGUGUGCCGAGUAAAUUCGGUUUCGCUCCUACUUUUGAUGAUGAUGACAGUCACCGUGAUGGUCGGGGAUAUGAAUACGGUCUAGUUAGCUUUUUGUUGCUCUUGAUAUGACAAUGCACCCCACACUCAUUAUGUGCAGCUAAAAUGAUCCGGAUCUCGUAG